AUGGCUCAAUCAACGUCAACGUCAACAUUUCAACCGCCAACUGUCUCUUCAAUAUCUGCAAUUCAUGCUUUUGAUACUCGCACUAGUACUUGGCAAUCGUAUAGUGAUCGAGUAAGUUUUUACUUUCAAGCAAAUCGCAUUCAUGCCGAUGAAGAUAAAAAAGCACUCUUUGUUGGGUCUGUUGGUGAUACAACAUAUAGUUUACUAGAAUCAUUGAUCUCACCACGAUCAUUAACUGGUGACCUUACCAAAUUCACCGAUUUAAUCAAGUUGUUAGAUGAUCAUUAUGAUGCAACGAAAAAUAUGAUGACCUCAACAUAUGAUUUCUACUCUUAUUAUCAAAAAUCAGGACAAACAUUUGCUGAAUAG